GACUCGCGCGUCGCGCCUGCGCCUGCUCCCCUGCGGCCGCCAGAAGGUGGGCAGAGGCGCCCCGGGCGCGUAGCAAGCCGGCUGAGCGGGUUGUGGCGGCCGCUGCGGGCGACAUGGACAACGCGGGGAAGGAGCGUGAGGCGGUGCAGCUGAUGGCAGAGGCCGAGAAGCGAGUCAAGGCCUCCCACUCCUUCCUCCGAGGGCUGUUUGGAGGAAACACAAGAAUAGAAGAGGCUUGUGAAAUGUAUACCAGAGCUGCAAAUAUGUUCAAGAUGGCUAAAAAUUGGAGUGCUGCAGGAAACGCAUUUUGUCAGGCAGCCAAGCUCCACAUGCAGCUUCAGAGCAAACAUGACUCCGCAACCAGCUUUGUGGACGCUGGAAAUGCUUACAAAAAGGCGGAUCCCCAAGAGGCUAUCAACUGCUUAAAUGCCGCCAUCGACAUUUACACAGACAUGGGAAGGUUUACAAUUGCAGCCAAGCACCACAUUACUAUUGCAGAGAUCUAUGAGACUGAACUUGUAGACAUUGAGAAGGCUAUUGCACAUUAUGAACAAUCUGCUGAUUAUUACAAAGGAGAGGAAUCCAACAGCUCAGCAAACAAGUGUCUGCUGAAGGUGGCAGCAUAUGCCGCCCAGCUCGAGCAGUACCAGAAAGCCAUCGAGAUCUAUGAGCAGGUUGGGGCAAACACGAUGGAUAAUCCUUUGUUGAAGUACAGUGCGAAGGAUUACUUCUUCAAAGCCGCCCUCUGCCACUUCAUAGUGGACGAGCUGAAUGCCAAGCUUGCUCUUGAGAAAUAUGAGGAAAUGUUUCCAGCAUUUACUGAUUCAAGAGAAUGUAAAUUAUUGAAAAAACUCCUAGAAGCUCAUGAAGAACAGAACAGUGAAGCUUACACGGAAGCCGUGAAGGAAUUUGACUCAAUAUCUCGCUUGGAUCAGUGGCUGACCACCAUGUUGCUUCGCAUCAAAAAGUCCAUCCAAGGGGAUGGAGAAGGAGAUGGAGAUCUCAAAUGAAAUGUUUCCGUCUUCGUGGCAUGCAGCUAACUCCUCUUUAGUUUUGUCUUAGGGUCAAGUGAUCUUUAUGGGAUGCCCAUUUAAUGGCUUAAUUUUGUUGCAUAUGAGCCAGACGACCUGUGUAUUGUUUAAACUUGUGGAGUCUAUAUUGCUGUGAAGUGAAUGAAGGGGAGGCUCCUGUUCAUCUUGUGGUAACGAUAGGUUUCCCGCUUAUCAGACCCCCAGCGUUUUCUGCGAAGUACUUGAGAAUCUCAUUCCUCAUAUUUCACUGGUGUUUGUGGAGCCCGUGUUUAAUGUUGCCACGUGUUUUUAUGUCCUUUUUGUUGGACUUGAGGACUCAGCCCAGUUGUUCUCGUAGAUGCUUUGCAUUUUCUCUGUGCUUUGGCAUCUGGAUAUGUUCUUUAAAUGUGUGUUUAGUUUAGGGCAGUGACUAGGAAUGAGUUUAUGACUUUAUUGGAAAUCAUUUGUAUUUUUGUUAUCCUGUGAUUAUUUCGAUGGUGCUAGUGACUAGUUUCUUUGCUUUUUGUGUUCUGUACGCUAACACGUGCAUGGCAAAAAUAUAGAAUGGCCAGGGUCUGUAGGCAUUACACUGUGAGGAAAGGAGCUCUCUGGAAGGACUUGCUUCAUGUAUGGAUGAGUGUCAGAGUGAACUUGAUUUGCACUCACCCACACACACACACACACCCUGCAAGAUCUAUUAGAAAUGGAAUUUUCUGUUUUUCUGGAGAUAGUUUUCACUUGUAGUUGGAGUGAAAUCCCUUUAUGUUUGCGUUAGAGUGUUUCAGUUGGCACAGCCUGCUCAUCAUUUUCAUGUUUAUAUACUACAUUGAGGCAAUGUGUUCUCUGCUGUGGCUAUAGAAAUCUUGGUCAGGCCUGGAUAGAUUAAGUCAGGCUGAAGAAUGAAUGUACGUAAUUUUCACAUUUAUUGCACAUAAUGGAUUAGGUGGGGUGAAUGUGGUACAGGAGUGGACUUUAUGCCCAAGUGGGCAAGAACCCCAACUUGUUUCUCAGGGGACUUGAUUGUUCUCUUAGCUGAUGGAAUAUUUUGGCUUGUUGGAACUCUGUCAUGUUUAAUUGGUUUAUAUAAUAUAUAUGUGCUAUCUUAAUUCAUGAACUUGAUUCUAUUAUUUUAUAUGCUGAUAUUGUACUUUAGACAUAGACUUGUCCUGUGACUGUCUUUUGCAUAUUUUAUAGUUAAAUGGUUUAUAUUGGAAAUGUGUUUGUUGCAAGACUUAACCCAGCAGACACUUUGAUAACACGGAUCUUCACUGAUGACAGGUGACGAAACUUCCUGUGUUAUGUCAGGCAGUAGCAAGCAGUGUUGGAAUGACAUUUUCACUUUUGGUGGCUCUCAACUAGAAUUGGUAGGAUUUUAUUGCGCUGAAGUAGAGUGAGUGUUUCCAGGCCAAGGGUUGAGUGCAGGGUGUUUGAGGAAUGGUGAGUAGGUCAGUCUAGGAAGAAAGAGAAAGUAGCAGGAAAUGAAGUGGGAAAGGCCAGCCAAGGCCAGAUAGAGGAUCCACAUCUGGUGGCCACGAGGACUUGCUGACCAUAGUUCUGGUGGGAAAGGCCAGCCAAGGCCAGAUAGAGGAUCCACAUCCGGUGGCCAUAGUUCUGGUGGUGACGUGCAUGAGGUGGCUGGUAGUCAGAGCAUCCACUGGGGUUGGCAAUGGGCCCUGGAAUCUAACGUGGGUCCCUCCUUCCUUCCAAGUUCUGAGAGGCUUAAAUGAGAUCUGGCUGUCUCUGGUGGUAAGAUCUGGAAUGGAGCCCAGUUGGUACUUUUUCACUCCCUUUUAGAAUCUCUUAGGAAAAAAUGAUCAGAGAGAAAAAUGGGUUUUUUUCUUGCAUAAUAAUAUAUCCUACAACCAGCCAAAUGCACUUUCGUGAAAAUGGGGUGUGCGGAGCGGUUCCGAGCCCUUGAGUAGUUUGUUUCUACUUGUUUGAAGAAUCUUCUGGUCUGACAACUUAAAGUGAAAUCGCGUGACUUAUUAUAGGGCGUUUCUGUUUGACUUUAAUCAUGACACCCCAACAGAGCCGUCUGAAGGGCUGUUUUUAACAGUAGUGUUUGUGACAUUUUGUCGUCAGAGAGUCACUUGUUUGUAUUGCAGUAAACACUGGGACCAGCUCCUGGGCUAAUAAUUAAUUUUUGUUUUUAAUAUUUCACAUGAAAAGAAUCAAAGUAAUUGUAAUGGCUGGAAUAGAACUGCCAGAAGAUAAAAAAAAGAAUGAGAAAAGCCCGGUCAGUGGUGUGCGAACUUCUUGCUUUACAUGUCCCGUGGAUGCAGGACAGUGCCAGGUUUUAAGAUGCCUGUGAGCUAGGUCUUCAAGACAUAGAAUGUUAUGAACAAAAUAUAAUUAUGGUACAAUUCUUGUACUUUAGCAAAUCUGGAGUUGGUUCAUCGUCAAAGUCAGUCAGUGUUUCUUACAGGAAAGGUUUGCUUUUUGUGGCAGCAUUUUUAUAGCUUGUGUGAGUUCUUUAAUGAUUUGAAAGCGGUAUUUUUGCACAGUCGUGACCGUGUGUGGUGGGGUCACUGUAACCAAAGUAUAUGCAGCAGCCCUUGUGCAUUGGUUUCUCCUGGUUUCGUGCAUUUAAAUGUCCAAAUGCAAACCUUUGUGACUUCCUCUGGAGGAUUUGGCAGCACAGCAUGCCCCCGUGACCUGCCUGCUGUGUUACGAGCUAUGACCAAGAGCAGGCUUCUGCCCCAUGGAGCCCUGAGUUGCUCUGGGGCAGGGGAUUACAUCAUGAAAACUAACCAUGUGUAACAAUAAAUCUACCUUAGCAGAAAGAAUGUUUGUUUUAUUUUAACCUGUACAGUGAAUUGGAAAUUAUCAGUAAUAUUUUGACAAGUCUUUUCUUGCUAAAUUGGCAUAGGUCAAAAGUAGCUUCCAUUGCUUCCAGUUGUUCGCAUUAAGAUUAAGGCAACAUUCGGGAGGCCGAGGCAGGCGGAUCAUCUGGGGUCAGGAGUUCAAGACCAGCUUGCCCAAUAUGGUGAAACCUCAUCUCUACUAAAAAUACAAAAAAAAUUUAGCUGGGCGUGGUGGCGCACACCUGUAAUCCCAGCUACUCAGAAGGCUGAAGCAGAGGAAUCACUGGAAUCCAGGAGGUGGAGGUUGCAGUGAGCCGAGAUUGUGCCAUUGCACUCCAGCCUGGACCACUGAGCGCAAGACUGUAUCUCAAAAAAAAAAGAUUAAGGCAACAGAUGUUAAUAUUCUCUAGGCUCCAGUCAUUUGAUGGGAAUUCCAGGGCACUGUAAUGGUUUUGCGGACUGAGGGCUUAGAAGGAAACUCUGGUUACUUCUGUUGAUGCAGUCCCCUAAAGUACAUCGUAAUUCUGCAGACCCCACAUUCUCAUCCCUUCCUUGAAUCAUUUAGGGUCUACAGUUACUUAUGAAGUUGAGGAAAGCAUGGUUGCUGGAAGACAGGUGGGGAGGUGAGGCAGCCCUAGGCCUGACACUCUCCUACCCCAAGAAAGUACUACUCAACUAUCUGGUCAGUGUAGACAUGUAUCUUAAUUGUGCAAGUAUCCGUACAGGGAGAGGAGAUGCCCCUGGGGAAGGGUCAGCCUCACUGACCACUGGGCCUGAAGUUCUGGUGAGGAAGAGGACCCAUGUGGGGGUGGUGCAGGCUAGCUCAUCCUGUUAUCUUAUCAUUGAGCCUUGAUUUCAUGUCCUAAAGUAUAUUCACAACACUUCAAGCAAAAUGUCUUAAAUGGUAGAACAAGCUGACCCAUCUAGGCGUUCUGAGUGGUUGAUCAUUCAGAGCAUACAUCAAGUUGCUCUUCUCAGAAUCAUUUUCCUAAUGAAGAUGCCACCAUGGUAGUUUAAAGGCCUAGUUUUGUCAGCUUAAGAGUCCACAGAGUGCCAAAGGUAUGCAGAUAAUUUCCGAGUCUCAUUUAGGGUGAUGUGAUAGAUCACAGGUCCCGAACGCGUCAGAAACUGGGCCUCGCAGCAGGUGAGCUGCGGCCAGUGAGUGAAGCUUCGUCUCUAUUUGCAGCCACUCCCAUGUCUUGUGUUACUGCCAGAGCUUUGUGUCUUUUAGAUAAGUGGCAACAUUAGAGCUCACAGGAGUGCAAACCCUACUGAACUGCGCAUGCACGGGAUCUAGGUUGUAAUAUCUGUCACUGUCUCCCAUCACCCCCAGAUGGGACUGUCAAGUUGCAGGAAAGCAAGCCCAGGGCUCCCACUGAUUGUACAUUGUAGUAUGUUCUAUAAUUAUUUUAUUGUAUAUUACAGUGCAAUAAUAAUAAAGUACACAGUAAAUGUAGUGCACUUGAA